AUGGAGACACUGUCCCAGGACUCUUUGCUGGAAUGUCAAAUUUGUUUCAAUUAUUACAGCCCCCGACGGAGGCCCAAGUUGCUGGACUGUAAGCAUACCUGCUGUUCUGUUUGCCUUCAGCAGAUGAGGACAAGCCAGAAGGACCUGAGAUGUCCCUGGUGCCGAGGUAUCACUAAACUGCCACCGGGAUUUUCUGUAUCCCAGCUGCCUGAUGACCCAGAGGUGAUUGCUGUGAUUGCAAUUCCCCAUACUUCAGAGCACACCCCAGUCUUCAUCAAACUUCCUAGCAAUGGGUGCUACAUGUUGCCCUUGCCCAUCUCCAAGGAGAGAGCGCUGUUGCCAGGAGAUAUUGGCUGUCGCCUCCUGCCAGGUAGUCAGCAAAAGUCUGUCACUGUGAUGACAAUCCCAACCGAGCAGCAGCCCCUGCAAGGAGGGAUCCCGCAGGAAGUCGGAGAGGAGGAGCAAGACAGGAGGGGCGUUGUGAAAAGCUCCACCUGGUCAGGUGUUUGCACUGUGAUCUUGGUGGCGUGCGUCUUGGUCUUUCUCCUUGGUAUUGUCCUCCACAAUAUGUCUUGCAUUUCCAAGCGUUUCACUGUGAUUUCCUGCGGCUGAAAAGGGUCUGCUCCCAGAAUACUCUGAUGGGAUAAUUUAGGGGUUGGGAAGGUGGUGGUGAUGACAGGCUCGAGUGAGAUGAUGCACUGCAACAUUGACCAAUUACUACAGAACGCUUGAUACCAGACAGCUGUUUGACAGUCUGAAGGCAAUCCUAAAAGGUGAAAUGUGAGACCUCUCAGCAGAGUACAGAGAAAAUCAUAAUGAGCAUCUGAUGGUAACUGCAUUGAGGAAGACUGCAUGUGUCACCAUCCUCAUUGAUCAAAUGGACUGUAACUUCUAAUGAUUUUUAUCAUGUUAUGAGACUAAAGACAUCUACUUAGCUGGUUAUACUGUAAAAGUAUAUGAUAUGAUCACUCUGUCUUUAAAUGCAGUAGAUUAAACUCAAAAUGCUAUAUGUAUAAGUAGAAUUAAACAUGAGAAUCAGUGUAAGACUCAGUAAAGAUAU